AUGGAUGAAAGCCGCUCUCUGUAUGUUACGCUCUCCAGUGAAAAUGAGGUGAGAGGAUAUAGAAGAGGAGAUUCUGAAGGAACAGUAGUUGCGGGUGGCAACGGAAUGGGUAGUGGUCUCAACCAAUUUAAUAUGCCAUAUUUCGUAUUUGUCGAUCAAGAUCAUGCAGUAUACGUGUCUGAUCUUUUCAAUCAUCCUGUGAUGAAAUGGAAGAAAAAUGCUAAAUCGGGUAUUAUUGUUGCCGGUGGUCAUGGAUUAGGAAGUCGUCUCGAACAACUUCAAAAUCCACGAGAAAUUGUUGUUGAUCCAUCAGGUACUCUUUAUGUGGCUGACGACACCAACGAUCGAAUUAUGCGUUGGACUGAAGGAGCUAGACAGGGCAGUGUUGUUAUUGAUGGUAAACGGGGCAGUGGGAUGGAAUCGAUAGUAUAUCUUUCGAUCGGUAUGGUAAUCUGUAUGCGGUCAAUUUCGAUAGUUAUCAUGUUCGACGCUUUAAUUUAA